AUGACCGAAACUAUUUUGGGCUCAACUGCUCGCCAACGCUUAGAACCUUUCCUUCUUCUUUCCAAGUCAGCUAAGGGUGGAGCUUGCGUUCAGUUGAUUAAAGAUGCCCUGUCUGCUUCCGGAGUUUAUGUGUUUGCUGAACUUCUGGCUAUGCCCAAUGUCGCUGAGCUAGAAAAUAGCGAACAAUAUCAAUCAUAUCAUAGAUUAUUACGACUAUUUUCUUACGGAACGUACAAGGAUUAUAAAGAAAAUGCAUCAACGCUGCCUCCGUUGGACCAGAAUCAACUCAACAAAUUAAAAUAUCUAUCAAUUGUAUCUUUAUCUGAGGAAUCAAGAACUAUCCCAUACGACAUACUUUUGGAGUAUCUCGACAUACCUAACGUUCGUGAACUCGAGGAUUUAAUUAUAGAAGCUAUUUAUCAGGAUGUCAUUAAAGGUAAAUUAGAUCAAAAGAGAAAACAACUUGAGAUCGAGUAUACAAUGGGUAGAGAUCUGCGACCAGGGCAAAUUGAUCAUAUGUUGCAAGUGUUAAGUGCUUGGUCUCGAACAUCAGAAGAAAUCUUGGUGGCUAUAGACGCUAAAAUUAUAGAAGUUCGCGAUGCUGCCAUUCAAAACAAAAAGCAGAAAGAGGAAUACGAAAAAGAAGUCGAACUCUUACGAAAGGAGGUCAAAUCUAAUGCGAAAAAUGCAGAUCACAUGGAGAUCAUGAGCGGAAAUACGAUUGAUCAGUACAGUGGUAUGGAUUUUCAUGAUGAGAAUACCAAGGGCGGAGGGAGAACUGGAAAAAGGUAA